ACUCAAGCCCGGAACUGGCUGCGGGCAGUGCGAGCUUACCCUGCAGCCGGAGGCACUCGAGGCUGUCCCUACCUUUUGCGCUUUGCGACUAGUUGUGAGGCAGUCACACGUUGCUGUUUCCUGACACUAAAAACCUGGGAAAAGGGACGGAAAACAAUUUUCUAGAUCCCGACAGCUAACUUCCCAGCGUUACUGACAGCCAGGCGUGCUCCAAGUGCGCAAGCGCCGCAGUGCGCCGCGCUCCCGGGUCGAGAGGGAACGCGCGGCCGGGGCGCCGGGGGCAGGUCCUGUGCUGCGGUUCCGGGGCGGGGCCGGGAGGGGGAGCCAGUCCCGCAGUAGUGGCGGCAGCAAUGGCGAUUUUCAGUGUGUUUGUGGUGAACAAAGCUGGAGGCCUCAUUUACCAGUUGGACAGCUACGCGCCACGGGCCGAGGCUGAGAAAACUUUCAGUUACCCGCUUGAUCUGCUGCUCAAACUGCAUGACGAUCGUGUGCUGGUUGCCUUCGGCCAGCGCGACGGCAUCCGGGUGGGCCACGCAGUGCUGGCCAUCAAUGGUGUGGAUGUGAGCGGCAAGUACACGGCCGAUGGGAAAGAGGUGCUGGAGUACCUGGGCAACCCUGCUAACUACCCGGUGUCCAUUCGAUUCGGCCGGCCUCGCCUAACCUCCAAUGAGAAGCUCAUGCUGGCCUCCAUGUUCCACUCGCUGUUCGCAAUCGGCUCCCAGCUGUCUCCUGAACAGGGCAGCUCAGGCAUUGAGAUGCUGGAGACAGACACAUUCAAACUGCACUGCUUCCAGACAUUGACAGGGAUAAAGUUUGUGGUGCUGGCGGAUCCUAGGCAGGCUGGGAUAGAUUCUCUUCUCCGAAAGAUUUAUGAGAUUUACUCAGACUUUGCCCUGAAGAAUCCAUUUUACUCCCUGGAAAUGCCCAUCAGGUAUGUGGCUCCGGAUGCGCAGGCUCAGUGGCCAUGGCUCACAGGCCCAGCUGCUCCGCGGCAUGUGGGAUCCUCCCAGACCGGGGCACGAACUGGUGUCCCCUGCAUCGGCAGGCAGACUCUCAACCACUGCGCCACCAGGGAAGCCCUAGAGUUAUUUUUAAAUAAAACAAAAGUGUGAGCUGUUUGACCAGAACCUGAAGUUAGCCCUGGAGGUGGCAGAGAAGGCUGGAACUUUUGGACCUGGAUCUUAGGCUGAACCUGCAGUGGAUCCCCCCCCACUCCCCGCAUAUUCUUGAGAGAUCCUGCAACAGGGGUCCUGCUGUUUCCACUCCGAUGGCGAGCCCAGCGGCAUUUGUUAGUGCACUUGAAAAUGGGAGGUUGCUGAGCCUGAUGACAUGUACCGAUGCCCGAGCCUUAAUACCGUGCUCUCUUUCCUCCUGUAUCUGUCAUGGUCCUACUUCCCAACUCUGUACAGAUUAUUUAUGGAGGAGGUAGGCCCAUAAAUGCUAUAAUAAACAUUCCUUUGAUCUCA